UCUGAACGCACAGCGGCAUAUGUAUUUUUGUCGCUAGUGCCCAUUCAUUCCUUUUAGGUCGCUUCCACCUGGACUCCUGCCCGAUUUGAAUUAUUGCAAGCGCAGCGAUGUCUGAGACGAAGGGGACGAGCGGCGAGGCUGCGCCCAACAACAGCGCUUUUGCAAAUGACGGAUCAUUCAUGGAACAAUUCAAGAGAAUCCAAGCGGAAAAGCUCAAAGCUGCAGGAGCCUUUCCACCUGUGGCGAGCGCAAACGCAAGCCCGACACUACAGCCUGCAGCAUCAUCCACACCCUCUCAAGGCUCACCACUGUUGGCGUCAUCACCGUUGACAUCUGGAAAGAAAGCAGAUGGGAAAAUGGACGCGGUGGAACGACGAAAAGCAAUGGAAGAGCGAAUUCGGAAUCGAGGGAAGCGCAAAGCUGAGAACACAGGAGACGAAAUGGAAGCACAAGUCAAGCAAGCUCGGGACGCGAAGGAGGAAAGGUACCUUCAAGAAGUGCGGAGAGCCGAGAUGAAAUCGCUUAAAGAUGCCGGCAGCGGAGUAAGGAGCCUGGUCAAAUGACAAUCUUUAUCGAUGAUCAUGUUUGAUUGCUAUGCUACAUUGAGG